AUGGAUCGUUCCGACGCCCAGAAUCGGUCAUCCCAAAGGAAUGGGUCAGUUGAAUCCAGCCCAUUGGCCAAGCGCAGCAAGGCAUGCGUAUCUUGCCGAGCACGCAAGGUCAAAUGUGAUGCGGAUGUGGUCGGCCUGCCGUGUAGUAGCUGCACAAGCAGGCAAUGUCCCGAGAGUUGUGUCUUGUCCCUGCGCAAGCCACGCAGGAGUGUUGUCAGUUCCUAUCAGAGUCUCAACGACUCAAGAGACUCUCGUCCUCGGCGUACACGGCGAUCGCGGUCCGAUCUACCGUAUCUCAAUAUGAUACAAGACGCCGUAAAUAGCGCUACAUCUGGGGAAGAAGUCGGCAUAAAUCGAAGAAGCCCCUCCAUUUCAAGAGAAGAAGAGCACAACAAUCUUGACACUUGGUUUGGUAAUAAGCCCCCGGGGCUCGAUGAUAAUGACUAUGACUAUCUUGUUAAGAAAGGAGUAUUCGAGUUACCUGCUCAACCUCACCUGCCUUUUGUGUUGACUCUUCUACUUAGAGAUGCGCUUAUUCGGGCUUACUUCGAGUAUCUUUGGCCAUUUUCGCCCAUCAUUUGCAGAACUGAUUUCAUUCAACGCUAUAGAGCAGGUAACUGUUCUUUGUUUUUACUCUACGCUAUUUUAGCAACCACAGUGCCAUUCGCGCCUGAAGAUGCCAUAUCUGGGUUAGGCUUCCAGGAUCGAUCGGCUGCCCAAACAAGUUUCUUCUCAAAAUCGAAGCUGCUUUAUGACUUUCAUUGCGAGAGGGAUCUCCUCGCCAUGUUUCAAGGCUCAAUCGUUCUAAGCAUCAUCAUUCUGGACUACCCAACAGACAAGGAUUUUCAGCACUGGUUCUACAACUCCAUCCGUCUCCUCGUCAAACUUGAUGUACCUGAAAUUUGCGCUAGACAAGAAGAUUCUUGCAAGGUACAAAAACUGUAUAGGAGGAUUUGGUGGGUUCUUUAUAACCGAGAUGUCUUUAAUUCCUUUGUGAAUACACGAAACCUGCGACUACUCGAAGUUUUACCGUAUAUUAAGCCAAUCGAACAAGGCGAUUGGGACGAGGAGGACACGUUGGAGGGGCAUGAGUUAUUAGAGCCGAUAUCAGAAAGACAGAAGACUUCACUGGUUGCCCAUUGCGAACUGGCUCAAAUUUUUUCGGCACAUCCGCUGAACACCACCAGCGACAUAGGACAAGAUCCCCUCACAUUUAUGCUCCCGGUCGAGGAAUGGCGAAUGUCUCUCGGCGAAAGAAUGGGCAUCCGAAACCAGUCGUACGACGGAGAGGCAUAUUAUCCCGAAAUAAUGGCAAGGAGUUAUCUAUACGAGUGUAUCUUGUGUCGGCACCUUCGAAAACGCCAGGAGGUCAAGUGGGGUGGUUGGGCAAAGCAGAGGCUUCGGUCCGCCAUUUACGAGCUCGAUGCCAUUGUUGGCAGAGUCUUGGCAAGUGGAACGAUUAAGAAAUUUCCAAUGGGGUUUAGUGUCGCAACUGUACCGGCGCUGCUCGCUUUGCACAUCGAAAUGGCGUUGGACCUCUCAGAAACCGAACUUACACGAUCUAUGGCCCGAGUGUCUAUUAACCAAACUAUGCUCGCUCUGGGACAGAUGCAGCACGUCCCAGCGAUAAAGCGAGGCUUGCCCGCCUUCGAGUCAGUUCUUGCCAAGAAAGAUCUGUAUCAUGUGACAGGCCACAGCAAUGCCGAAAAGGCUUCCCCGAGGAUACCUGCAUCAAGGCAUGCUCCAGAUGACAGCGCCUAUCCACCGUCUGUGCCGCAGCCUGGUGUCUCUUCGGCUGACUCUGGCUUGGUGGACUACCCUAGCUUCCCCGAGGAUUUUCUUGGGUACGAUUUCUUGGAUAGAUGGCAGCUGGAGCAAUGGGAGUUUGUACAUCUUUAA